AUGGACCAGCUCAACAGCUUCCUCAACAAGCAGGGCGGCGGCCAGCAGCAGCAGGGCGGCGGCGACCCCAACCAGCAGCAGCAGCAGGGCGGCGGCGGCGGCGGCUUUGGCGGUAUGCUCAACAACGCCCUCGGUGGCGGACAGCAGGGCGAGGCAAAGGAGGACGGCCUGGACAAGGCCAUCGACGGCUUCCAGCAGUACGUCCUCAAGGAGGGCGAACAGAACAACGAGUCGGCCAUGGAGCAGCAGAAGGACAACAUGAUCGCCGACGGCAUCCGCAACCAGUACAAGAGCUUCACCGGCAACGACUUCCCCAUCAAGGACAAGUAG